AUGGCCACCAGCCACCCCGCGAAGCUAUGCUUCGUCACCGUGGGAGCCACGGCUUCGUUCCAUCAGCUCCUGCAUGCCGUUUUGGACCAGUCGUUUCUAGUAGCGCUGCAUCAGUUCGGCUACACGCACUUGCUUGUCCAGUAUGGAAAGGAUGGUCGAAGUCUCUUCGAGGAAUCUCUCCGCCAGCAUUUGCCGGGGAGUACCAGUCAUCACGGCUUGGAGAUUGACGGGUUCGAUUUCAACGCCGAGGGCCUGGACGAAGAGAUGCGGCUGGCGCAGUUGAAUCCGGCGGAAAAUCGGAGUAGCGGAUUAAUCAUCAGUCAUGCAGGAUCGGGUAGUAUCCUAGGUGCAUUGCGACUGGGUGUCCCACUAGUGGUGGUUCCCAAUCCGACUCUCAAGGAUAAUCACCAAGAGGAGCUGGCGCGAGAGCUACAGACGCAAGGAUAUGUCGUUGCGAGUUCAUUUCAGGACGUUUCUACCGCUGUCGAAAGAGCAGAGGCACUCCGGUCUCGCAUAUUGAGCUGGCCCCCAGUGAGUGGUGCUGGAAAGGAACAGCAUCAGACACUGGAACAGGUCAUGUCGGAUGAGAUGGGCUUCUUGGAUUAG